GUGGCGGGAAAGCUGAGGCCUCCGCGCUUCCCUGGACCUUAGCGGGCUGCGGGAGGCGGCUAGUCCCGGGCCGGCUGCUGGGGCCAGUAUGGACGCGGCUGAGGUGGAGUUUUUGGCUGAGAAGGAGCUGGUUACCAUUAUCCCAAACUUCAGCCUGGACAAGAUCUACCUCAUUGGGGGCGACCUGGGGCCUUUUAACCCUGGGUUACCAGUGGAAGUGCCCCUGUGGCUGGCGAUUAACCUGAAACAGAGACAGAAGUGCCGGCUGAUUCCUCCUGAGUGGAUGGACGUGGAAAAGCUGGAGAAGAUUCGUGAUCAUGAACGAAAGGAGGAGACUUUCACCCCCAUGCCCAGCCCGUACUACAUGGAACUUACCAAGCUCCUGUUGAACCAUGCCUCAGACAACAUCCCCAAAGCAGAUGAGAUCCGGACCCUGAUCAAGGACGUGUGGGACACUCGCAUCGCCAAACUGCGGGUGUCCGCGGACAGCUUUGUGCGGCAGCAGGAGGCCCACGCCAAGCUGGAUAACCUGACCCUGAUGGAGAUCAACAGCAGCGGGGCCUUCCUCACCCAAGCGCUCAACCACAUGUACAAACUCCGGACAAACCUGCAACCUCCGGAGGGCGCCCCGUCGCAGGACUUCUAGAAGAAAGACCUGGGUUGGCAGAGCGAGGCCUUGCGCCUGCCGGUAUGUGUGCGUGCACCUGAGGCGUGGUAGAGGCAGUCCCGCUUCUGGAGUCCUAGAAGUGUCUUCUGAACGUGUGAAAAACUGUGUACCGAAGCAAGGAAUGGGUUCGUGACUUUGUCGGAAAGCAACGGGUUUGGGCUCCGGCCUCAAGACUCCCUGGAACUUGCCGUCUGUCUCUGGGAGCCAGCUGUUCUUUGCUGGGGAGAGAAGGAGGCUUUGGCCAGACGUGGUGUUUCUUCCUGGCAGGGCCUCCGGCUUCCUGUGCGGACUCGCGUGCCGGUGUGUGUCUGGUGAGGCUGUGUACUGGCGAUGCAGCCCAGGGCUUCCCCUUCUCAGCCGAUGCUCAUCUUUAGUGCUUAGUUAGCCCCUCCUAGAGUUCACUCACGGAGGACGGCAUGUGAGCCACUGACCAUAAUUCCUCAUGUGAGCUCAAUAAAGACGGAGUCCCCCCCAGAACUCA